UUCCGACAAUGGACUCGCCCGUCGUUAGGCCUUUGCAGUAGGGAGUUGUUUGGCGGACCCCCUCAAGUUUUUCUUUACUUUACGCGUUAUUUUUGUUUCUCUAAAGAAGGGCAAACUCUUUAUUUUUACCACCGUUUGCCUCGGUGUUUCCUCGGCGUGUCGACAGACCGUACAGACGGAGUGUUUUCGGGGUCGUGGCACACUAAACUAAAGAGAGAGAGAGAGAGCUAAAGAAGAAGGGACGGAAGGCACCAACGGCUGAGCUUAUGAUGCCGACGUUGCGGGACAGCACCAUGUCCCACCCCGGCGAGAAUUCCCACCAAGUCCGGGUGAAAGCGUAUUAUAAAGGGGACAUCAUGAUCACUCAUUUUGAGCCGUCCAUCUCAUACGAGGGUCUGUACGGGGAGGUGAAGGACAUGUGCUCCAUGGACAACGACCAACUCUUCACCAUGAAGUGGAUCGACGAGGAAGGUGACCCCUGCACCGUGUCGUCUCAGCUGGAGUUGGAAGAAGCUCUGCGUCUCUACGAACUCAACAAAGACUCCGAGCUCAUUAUCCACGUUUUCCCAUGUGUACCAGAGAAACCUGGCAUGCCCUGUCCAGGCGAAGACAAAUCGAUAUAUCGGCGUGGAGCCCGGCGCUGGAGGAAACUUUACUAUGCCAGUGGUCAUGCCUUUCAGGCAAAACGCUUUAACAGGCGAGCCCACUGCGCCAUCUGUGCGGAUCGUAUCUGGGGUCUGGGACGACAAGGCUACAAAUGCAUCAACUGCAAACUUCUGGUGCACAAGAAGUGUCAUAAGCUGGUCACAGUGGAGUGUGGCAGACAGAUGAUCCAGGAACCAAUGAUGCCCGGCCCACCAUCGAGUCCAUUAGACCCCACUGAACAGCCAGGCCCCCAGAAUAAAGACUCCAGAGAAAGCUUGCCUUACGAUGGAGAGGAGAAAGAGGCGAGGAGAGACACGGGGAAAUCGCCUUCCAGCCUGGGCCUAGCAGACUUCGAUCUGCUGAGGGUGAUCGGAAGAGGCAGCUACGCCAAGGUGCUGCUGGUGCAGCUGAAGAAGACGGAGCGCAUCUACGCCAUGAAGGUGGUGAAGAAGGAGCUGGUCAACGACGACGAGGACAUUGAUUGGGUCCAAACAGAAAAGCACGUAUUCGAGCAGGCCUCUAAUCAUCCCUUCCUGGUCGGCCUCCACUCCUGUUUUCAGACAGAAAGCAGACUGUUCUUCGUUAUUGAAUAUGUGAACGGUGGAGAUCUCAUGUUCCACAUGCAGAGACAAAGGAAACUCCCAGAAGAACACGCCAGAUUUUACUCAGCAGAGAUCAGUUUGGCGCUCAACUACCUCCACGAGCGGGGAAUCAUCUACAGAGAUCUGAAACUGGACAACGUGCUGCUGGACUCCGAGGGACACAUCAAACUUACAGACUAUGGAAUGUGCAAGGAGGGCUUGAGACCAGGAGACACAACGAGCACUUUCUGUGGUACCCCCAAUUACAUCGCCCCAGAAAUACUCAGAGGAGAGGAUUACGGGUUCAGUGUGGACUGGUGGGCGCUUGGCGUGCUGAUGUUCGAGAUGAUGGCAGGCCGGUCGCCUUUCGACAUAGUCGGGAGCUCUGACAAUCCAGACCAGAACACAGAAGACUACCUCUUCCAAGUAAUAUUGGAAAAACAGAUCCGAAUCCCUCGCUCCUUGUCAGUCAAAGCCGCCAGCGUCCUCAAGGGAUUCCUCAACAAGGAUCCCAAGGAGCGUCUAGGCUGCCACCCUCAGACAGGCUUUGCCGACAUCAUGGGCCAUCCAUUCUUCCGAAACGUCGACUGGGACCUUCUGGAGCAGAAACAGGUCGUCCCUCCGUUUAAGCCCAACAUCUCAGGGGAGUUCGGACUGGACAACUUUGACGCCCAGUUCACGAACGAGCCCAUUCAGCUCACGCCUGAUGACGACGACGUGGUCAAGAAGAUCGACCAGUCUGAGUUUGAAGGAUUCGAGUACAUCAACCCACUUCUGAUGUCUGCAGAGGAGUGUGUGUGAGGGACAUAGCAUCUGUGCUCACACUCACUCACUCUCACACACACACACGCACACACCAACCACCCACACACGCACUCAUGCACGAGUUACGUGGCGUCUCAGUGUCCUCAAGCUGCAUGGUUACGAGACAACCUGAUGACAUCAACCUUCUGUUCGAGGGCCGCACAUGCACAGUAGAACGCUUAUUUGCCAAAACCAGUCUCACACUCAGCCAUUUAUAACCACUUGCCCUUAAGCCUACCUUCUUUCUUAAUUAUUUUUAUAUCAUGUAAAUCUGCACUGAUCAAUUUUCUCAUCGGAGGGGCGGCCUCCUUAUCGGUAGCCAACGAGGCUACAAAGUUCUUCCAAGGUUGCUGUACACGGGGAGCGGGGAUCGGGGUGAGGCACGGCCCCUGACACAUGAACUGAGCAUCCUCUCCUUCCAGCUGGCGGGGUUGUUUUCAAUGCAUAUUUUAUUUGUAUAUAUAUAAAUAUAUAGGAUCUCUAUUGGGAUAAUGUUAGACAAGGCCUUUUUAGCAUCAAGCCACAGUCGUCAAAACUUGACAACUUAAUCAUCGUAAAGUCAUUUUUGAAUUGGUGGCAGCACCCUUCCAUAGAGGAAAGACAUAACACUAGCCUUUGAAAAAAAAAAACGAUAAAAAAGAUAAAAAAUCUAUAUAUUUUUCUCAUUUUUUUUAAUUUAACAACAUAGCAGUCAUUAUAUAUGUUGUUCUGAGUAACAGAACCAAGAUGGUUCAGUCUUUGUUGUUUAGAUGAAUACACAACAACAUCUGGAAAACAGAAGGUGUCUGCUUCAGGUCCUCUCUCUCUCUCUCCCAGAAUGAAGGAACGUUAUAUAAAUCUAUCGAGCAGCAUCCAACCAACACUAAUAACGAGUUAAAACUCUCAAACUGUGAAUGAAAGAGCUUGCUAUGCAGGGGGAGGAAAAAAAAGGCUGGAAGAGUAGCACAGAAUACCUGAACACCAGAGCACGGGUCACAUUUAUACGCUGUGCAGACGCUUUCAUGAAAUCAAAAAGAUUCACACAGGACCAAAAAAAACAUUUUUCUGAAAAAUGUCUUGCUGGUACGAAUUAGAAGGUACAGUAUAACAAAAAAGGAAGACUGCUGUCCCGAGUCAUAGAAUUUAUAUAUUCCGUUUUUUGUUUUUGUUUUAAUUUUUAAUACUUUUGGAAAACAUAUGGUCUGUCAUCUGUUUUUUUUGUACUUUCUCCAUUCCAUGUAUGUCUUUUGUUGUAAAUUUGAAAAACACUAAGUGAUUGUUGAAACGAGAGCUCGGUUGGAAGUCCAAAGCUAUGACACACGCGGUGCAGUUUUGGUCCUCAAACGUGGCUCGAAAACUGUAAACUGUCAGCUGUGCUCUUUUUUUUUUUUUUUUUUACCAUAUUGAACUCACAGUUCAUUUUCUAAAUUUUGUAAAGCAUACAGAGGCUCUAAAGAGUCGCUCUCUACCCCUCUGACUGUAUCAACACUGACGGUGCGUGAACAUCCAUGAAGACUUGUCUGUUCGACUUCUUGGAAAAUGUUUUAGGGCUCACGUGGUGAUCGGAGGAGCACGUUCAUCUGUUACAUUUUACUUUUGUUAUCAUUGUUUUCUUUUUUUUUAUCAUGAAUCAAAUUUAAUUUUUUUUAUCACUACAUUGAUUCCAAAAUGUCACUGGGUGAACCCAAUGGAAACACUAUUUGUUGUACUUUGUUGUGUUUUGGGGGUGUUUUACCACCCAGAGGACUCUGCUGAACUUUAUUAUUAGUGUGCAAAGAAAAAAAAAACAGACGGUAAAAUAAACAUUUUAUUUCUCUCCUUGUGGUAA